CUCUAUAAAUAUUAACAAACGCGAAUUAACCUUUCGUCUAAUAAAAAACCGAAAACAUAUCCACAGCGGAGCAUUAUAUCAAAGAAAAGUGUCCAACAAACUUUAUGCCGCAUUUUAAGUAGCGUUAGAACAAACCAGAUCUACGGAUGCAUUUUUGAAUAGACGUAUUGAGUGGCUUGAUGAAGAUAUCCAUAUACAGUUCGAUGAAGAGCCUUUUACAUCAUCAGGAGUGAAAAGAGAAAGAUCGUGUAAUGGUUAUGAAGCAUCAUCUGAGCGAAGCAAACAAAGGAAGUCAAAAAGAAGACGCUCUAGCAAUCUUACUCGAUUUAGAUCCAACGAACCAAUAUUACCUAUAUAUUAUAAGCAAAAGUUUUAUCCGUUUUCUACGCAAAGAUUUGGGCCCUCCAUUUGAUACAUGUACCGAAGACCCAAAAAAAAGCAAAGUAUUUGUACUCGUCAAGUUAGUUGGACUGGAAAUGACGAAAAUAAGACGCAAGAAUAUUUUUUACAACAGCAGCAGCAGGAGUAGCAGGUGCCGUAGCAGGAGCAGUAGCAAAAGUAAGAGCGGCAACUGCACCAGCACCAGCAGCAACAGCCACAGCAGCAACAGCCACAGCAGUAGCUUAAAAGCAGUCUCAGCCAGGACCGCAUUAGUAACAACUUCAGUACUCCUAACGAACCCAGAGGCAGAGUAG